AUGGAUAACCACAUGACAUCUAAUUCGGUACAGACAUACACCUCACCACCAAUUCCCGAGACGAUGGGCUCACCACCGGAUCAGUUGUUUGUGUGCGAAUACAGAGGCUGUACGGUUGCCUAUCAAACGCAGUGGGUUUUGGAUCAGCACAAGAUUUGCAUGCAUUUCGAUCAGCACCGGGAUCUCAAUGACUGUACCGUAAUUGACCCCUAUUUGGAUGAACAGCAUAGGAAACGCCCGUUCAAUGAGGUGACGAUUAUACCCUGGUAUGAGUGCCCGCAAAGGGGCUGUCAGUACAGGUCCAGCGAUGAGAGUGCAUAUGGGUGCGCACAGCACCGACACUAUGGCAUACCAGUCCCCGUCGGUACAGGGAUUCAGGGAUGGAAUUACAGUGUCAAGACAAUGGCGGGAAGUGUCGAUGAGAAUGACGGCAACUAUAAGAGCGAUUGUCAAUUGUAUGAACCCAUGGACUCGAACCCCACGAGCGUUGUCUCAAACGUGGAUCAAGUCUUGGGAUGCGAUGUCAAUGAUGGCGAUUACGGUGAAUGCACACCGAGUUUAGCUCUAAACACACCGGCGCUGACCGACGAGUGCUACGCGACUACCGUUUCCCAAUCAGUAGUUGGACUCAUCGCAAGUGGACGCCACGCCCUACCUGUGCGACCGGGAGGGCUGUCGGACGGCAUAUAA